GUCGGUCGUGGGACCGAGCGUCCUGCGCCGCGCACUGCUCUAUCUCACCACAGAACGGUCUGAACGACGCUCGUCGUCGUAUACGGCAGAAGACAGCGUAUACUUUCAAACGCGGCCGGCGGUGCCCUCAGCAAGAGCGUUCCUGCUUGAGAGCACAAAACCACUAAGCGCGCGCGGCAACCAAAAGAUGGGCACCACCGUCAGCAAACUCGAGCCGGACGACCUGUUACGCUUCAUAGAGAUUCAAAAGGGCUACGUCGACUCCGGCCGGGAGAAGAUAGACUUCUCGCAACCAACGGGGAACGAAAGUGAUGACGAAGAAGAGGAGGAAAAAGAGGAGGGCGGCGGCCAGCGCCGGACCGUCGAGGAGGACGUCCGGUUCGAGUCGUACAAGCCCUCAAAACUCAAGGUCGAGGGCAUGCGCCCGCACCCGAGCGACGCGGUCGAGAACGGCACGCUCGCGACGGUCGCGCCGCCGGACGUGACGUAUAAACUGAACAUCGCCGAGGACAUGCCACACGUCGUGACCGAGGGCCGCCUCAGUGAUUUACAAUUAGAGUUCGUGACCUACGCCUGCCAGCGGCACGAGCAGCGCUUAGCUUCCGGCUCGCGCCGCGGCUUCUUCCUGGGCGACGGCGCGGGCAUGGGCAAAGGGCGCCAGCUCGCGGGCCUGAUCCUCGAGAACGUCCUCGCCGGCCGCCGGAAGCACAUCUGGUGCACAACUAAUAUAGACCUGAAGGAGGACGCGACGAGAGACCUACGCGACGUCGGCUGCACCAUCGCCAAGGAUCUAGAAGCGGCGGCCGAGAGCGGGAGUAAGCGGCGCCGAGCCGCGGUCGACGACGACGCCGCGGUCAUCGACGUCUUCGCCUUACCGACUUCUUCGACCGCGAAGAUCGAUCCGGAGCGAGAAGGUGUCUUAGUGCUGACGUACAGCGGUCUGAGCGCCUCCGGCGGCGCCGGCUCGCGCCUGCAGCAGGUUGUCGACUGGUGCGGCGAGGACUACGACGGCUGCCUCCUGUUCGACGAGUCGCAUUGCGCGAAGAACCUCAUCGCCGAUCUGCCGGGCACCGAGACCGCCGCGGCCCGAGCCGUGGAUACGAUCCAGCGGCUCCUGCCGAACGCGCGCGUCGUGUACUGCUCAGCCACGGCGGCGUCUGAGCCGCGGCACUACGCCUACAUGACGCGGCUCGGCCUCUGGGGCCCGGCGUCGCCGUUUCCCUCGGCCGACGCCGAGGAGGGCGAGUCCAACAAGAUGGCUAUCCAGAACUUCAUCAAGACGUGUGAGUCGCGCGGGGUCGGGGCCAUGGAGCUUUGCGCGCUGCACCUGAAGCGCGAAGGAGCCCUGCUGUGCCGCACGCUGUCCUACGCCGGGGCCGAGUUCAGCGUCGUCGAGGCCUCGUUGACGCCGGAGCAGAUCGAGACCUACGACGCGUCGGCGCAGCUCUGGCAGAUGCUCUACACGCGCAUGGAACGGAAGCUCGCGAAGAUGGAACUGUGGGUCAACGAGGCCCUGGACCCGCGCGACAUGGAGAACCGCAAGGAGGAGUUCAAGGACGCGAGACAGAACUACCGCUCGCAGCUCUGGAGCGGCCACCUGCGGUUCUUCCGGUCGCUGAUCACCGCGAUGAAGGUGCCGAAGCUCGUGGAACUCGCGAAGACGGCCCUGGCGGAGGACAAGUGUGUCGUUAUUGGACUUCAGAGCACGGGCGAGGCGCACGCGAAACGGAUCCGGGAGAAGCUCGAGGCCGCGGCCGCCGCCGAGGACAUUCAAGAGGACAUGCUCUCGGCGCCCCAGGAGACGCUCCGCUACGUCGUGAGGAAGGUCUGGGGCAACGAGCUCGCCGAGGUCGAGCGGCUCAAGGCCGUGGCCGAGCGGGCCGCAGCGCGCGUCGAAGCGCUAGCGAAGGAGGAAGCCGACGCCGCGGCCGAGAGGGCGGCGCGCCAACAUGUCGACGACGGCCUGAGCGACAGCGACGAGGACAUGGAGGACACCGCGGCGCUGCUGAAGAAGCCACUCGGCAACAAGAACUCGUCGCCCUCGAAGCGGCGCUCGUCAGACGCCAAGCUCGACGUGUGGGGUUUCGACGACUCGCAGGAGGAUUCGCAAGACGUCGCGGAGGCCGGCGAGGAGGAGGGCGAGGAGGGCGCGGCCGGCGCGGCCGGCGUCGGCUUCAUGAUGGACCUCGAUGAUGAGACUGAGUGGAUAAAGGCGUUUUCGGACAAGAUCGACGCACUCAAGCUGCCCGGCAACGCCUUAGACAUGUUAAUCGACGACCUCGGUGGCUUCAACAAGAUCGCCGAGAUGUCCGGGCGGUCAGAGCGGCUCGUGCGCAAUUACAAGGGCGAGUUCUACACGCAGAAGCGAUCCGAGGCGAACCAGGUCUCCAUGCAUGAGCAGAACCUUUUUGAAAGGGAAGAGUUCCAAUCCGGCGAGAAGCUCGUCGCCAUCAUUAGCGACGCGGCGUCGUCCGGGAUCUCGCUGCACGCGGAGCAGAACGCGCGCGUGAAGAACCGCCGCCGCCGCGUCCACAUUACUCUAGAACUGCCCUGGUCGGCCGACAAAACGCUACAGCAGAUGGGCCGGUCCCACCGCGCGAACCAGGCGUCGGCGCCCGAAUACAAGCUAUUAGUGUCGCCGCUGGGCGGCGAGCGCCGCUUCUGCGCGGCCGUCGUCAAGCGCUUGCAGUCAUUGGGGGCUUUGACCCAAGGCGACCGCCGCGCGACGGGCGUCUCGAAGUCGUGGGCCUGCUUCGACGUGGAUACGCGCCAAGGGACGGAUGCGAUCCUAGAUUUGUACCACCAUUCGAAUUGGAUGGUCCGCGAGCUGGUCGGGCUCGAGAAAGCGAAUCCGAACCGACCCCUCGUGGCGCCACCGAAGCUCCCCGCGGCUGAGUGCGAGGCGCUCGCACGCGUCGCCCUAGAGAGAGGCGGCGCCGACUUUCUGCGAGCGCCGAAGGGCUGGGACGAUGAACUAUACGGCGGCGGCGUCGACGCCGUCGCGGCGAAGAUUCACAUGCUCCAUGGCGCGCCGCUGUGGCUGUCGCUCGUGGGCAUCGCCGUUGCGAGCUACGAGGGCGCGGGGUCGGCGCGCAAGGCUGUCGUGCCCAAGUUCCUCAACCGCAUCCUCGGCCUGGAGGUGUCGCGCCAGCAAAAGCUAUUUGAUUACUUCGCUAGGACGCUCGAGCGUAUGAUACGAGCGGCGAAGCGCGACGGGAAAUAUGCGCAAGGCAUCCAGACGGUCGACGGCCGCUCCGUCGAAUUCGAGCGGCCGGCAAAAGCGCUACACGUGACUACGCCGAGUCCCUUCCCGAUCGAGUGCCACACGGUCGUGGCCGACGUCGGCAUGGACUUCGAGACUGCGCAGAAAAUGCUCGAGGAGACGCGAAGCGCGGGCAAGGCCACCGCGAUUGACAUCGACGGCGACGACGACGGCGGCGGCAGCACGGCUCUCGUUCCUAAGCGUGAUAGCGACGGCGAGGGCUGGAUUAGCACCGGCCGCGUGACGAACGUCUCUAAUAACAACCAGGGCUUCGUCCCGCCCCCGGCGCGGCCCGGUCAGCGCUUCGGAGACCGCGACGGCUUCCGGCUCAUCAAGGCGAAGUACGCCAAGGGUGACGGCGACGGCAUCUGCCUCAUCAUAGAAUCCGGCGAGAGCUCGAUGCGCGGGCUGAGCGUCAAGACGGACCGCUUCCAGGUCUACUUCCCGGGAGAAUGCCAAGACCAGUACUAUUGGUCGCAGCUGAAGAACAAGACGGAGGCGCUCGACGACUCGAGGGCGAAGCGGCUGUGGGAUGCUGGCUUCCGGAACCGCUCCAAGGAUCAGAAGAGUUAUCUAUUGACCGGCCCGGUAUUGCACGUCGUGCCGCAAUUAGUCCAGGCGCAGUGUAGGUGCAUGGUCAAGAAUCCGGUGCGCGUCGAGGUCGCGCGGGCCGACGAGAAGGACGAGGAGGGCAAGCGCAGCGGCGCUACUCUCCUAGGCGUAUUGCUGGAUGACGAAUACGCGGAUGAAAUCGUGCGACAUAUCGAGGAGAAAGCCAACCAGGACGACGAGGAGCGCGCCAACGCCCUGAUCGACGAGAUCAACGCCCGCGACCGCGACAAGGAACAACGGCAGGCGCACGCGAAGAGCGUCGCCGGGAAGGAGCGCGCCAAGAAGCGAGCCAAGAAGGCCUGAAGUGGGUGUGCGCCCGAGCCGCUAUGGCG